GAGUGAAAUGAAACGGUUCUGUUCCCCAUAAGCACGACUUUCAGAAAUGAGAAAGAGAAAGAAUAUUGAAGGCGACGAAGAACAACAAGAAAUGGAAAAGAUGAAUGGAGGAUUCAAACGAUUUAGGUUUUCAAAUGAGAAUCAGAAAUCGAAUUCAUUCGAUCAAUUGCCUGAUGAUCUCGUCAUCUCCAUUCUCUCCAAACUUAGCUCUACCUCUUCCUCUCCUUCCGAUAUCAUCAGCGUUCUUAUCACAUGCAAACGACUGAAUACGCUUGGAUUACAUCCUGUAGUCCUCUCCGUCGCCAAUCGUAAGUCAUUCGCCGUUACAGUAAAAAACUGGUCAAAUUCCACUCACCGAUUCUUCAAACAGUGCUGUGAUGCCGGAAAUUUGGAAGCCUUGUACACUCUCGGAAUGAUCCGAUUUUACUGCUUCAAAAACCGAAGAAGUGGAGCGUCAUUAAUGGCGAAAGCAGCGAUUGAGAAUCACGCUCCAGCGCUUUAUUCACUAGCAGUGAUUCAAUUCAACGGUAGCGGCGGAACUAAGAACGACAAGGAUUUACGUGCCGGCGUAGCGUUAUGUGCACGCGCCGCUAUUCUCGGUUACAUCGACGCUUUACGUGAGCUAGGUCAUUGCAUUCAAGACGGUUACGGAGCUCGAAAAGACGUGGUAUCAGGUAGACGGUUACUUAUUCAAGCGAACGCGCGUGAGAUUGCGUCGGUUAUACGCGCCGCCGUGCCUAGUGUGAGUACAGGUCAGUUUAUAAGUAAAGAAACGCAUGGAUUUCUUAAGAAGAUAUCAGGAGGAUCUGGUUCGGUUUGUCCGAUUCUUAGUGAUUUUGGUUGUGAUAUUCCGGUUAGGGAAGUUCAUCCGGCUAAUCGGUUCUUGAUUGAAUGGUUUGAAUCGAAGGAAUAUGGAUUAGAUUAUCCGAUUAGGGUUUGUUCACAUGUUGGUUGUGGUCGGUCGGAGACUCGCCGGAAUGAAUUCCGGCGAUGUUCUGCUUGUAAUAAUGUGAAUUAUUGUUCUCGUGGUUGUCAAGCUCAGGAUUGGAAGAUUAGGCAUAAGGUUGAAUGUAUGCCGAUUGAACCCUGGCUUUUUCAGAACGAUGAAGAUGAUGAUCAAAACGGGCCGGAGAUGGAGAUUCCGGCGCCGGCGCCGGCGCCGGAGCCACUUGCUGAUUAGAUGAAGGACAAAAGAAGUGAGUUUUUUUUUAUUAUGGUACUAUUUUAUUACCUUUGUUAAUUUCUAUUUUUACUUUGAAUAUAUAUUAUAUUAUUUUAUGUUAUUAAAUUGAUUUUAUUUUGAUUUGAAUGGAAAUUUGUAGGGUUUUAAAGAAUGUUAUAUAUUAUAUAUUUAUUUGAAAUAUAAGAAUGGGAUUAGUGGUUGUUUUAAAUUUGACAAAAAAGGGGGUGGGUGGGUUGCUAGUAGAUGAAUUUGUCAUGAAGAAUACAUGCUAGCCAGCGACAUCAUAGGGUCCCAAUUACCUAAGCUUUUUUCUUGGAUCUAUUAUAUGCUUCU